UGUUGGUUACUGAUAAGACUUUACUAAAACCUAGGAAAUGUUAAGCAAGAUGGCUAAAAUACAUGGAUAUGAUGCUUCCGUUGACUUUUAAGAACCACGAACAGUAAAAAUCUUAAUAGCAUUAGGCUCCAACAUUUUCUACAAUACUGCGAGUAGUGGAAGGGGACUUCACUCUUAGGACCAGGAGGAAGGGGACGUCAAUCUGAACCGUUGUGUCCGUGAUGAAUUGCGACGACUUUUUCGAAGCAGAGAGAUUAGAAAAAAUCGGACAGAAAGAGGAAGCAUUUAAUGUAUAUUCACGUUUCAUCGCGUUCGCAGAAGAAUGCAUGCUUAACUGUAAAACUACAAGUUCCUACCCAAACUGUCAGUCAAUCCAAGAAAAACUUGCUCUGGCAUACAACAACCGAGGGCUUUUGAAUUAUCAGAAUGUCGAAUUCAAAGCAGCAAAGCUUGAUUACACAAAGGCACUGGAGUACAAUCCUAACUUAGCUGUUGCAUUCUACAACCGAGGUCUAAUCCAUUACAGACUGAGUAACUUUCAAGUAGCGGUAGAGGACAUGGAGAGAGCUUUGUUCUUAAAACCUGACUUUGAGCAUGCUCAGAAAUGCCUUCAGCAGAGCAUGGAGGACUUAAAAAUGGCUAUGGCAAAAGAAACAUGCACAUCAAAUUUGUUAAAGUAAAAGCAAGAUUGAGAAAUACAGUUGAUUGGACUUUUAAAAACUGUGAUUUUGAAGUACUUAUUUACUAUGUGUUAUUAAAAUUAGGCAUCAGUUA